AUGUUGAUAUGACGUUAAAUUCAGUAUUUUCGCUCCCCGGCCAGCUUUACAAUGAAGAAUUGUUAGCAUUCUCAGGCCAAUUCAUAUUUUUCAUAAUAAUAAAACAACAUCCCCAGACAACACAUCUCAAAGGGGUGUAUGAGAUUUUUUUCUUUUCUUUUAACGUUAACGUUGCCCGCAAAAGAGUCUUUAAUCAGCCCGCAAACAAAAGGACAGAAAACUAACGUUUAACAUGUCUCAAGAAGGAUAUCAGUCACCAGCAUUGAAAGCAGACACGAGCUCGAAUACACAUGAAUCGCAGAGGACCAACCCUGGGAAGACACCUAUACAAAUCCUACAUGAAUAUGGUACCAAAAGUGGCAACCUCCCUGUGUAUGUGAUGGAGAAGGCGGAAGGAGAGGCUCACCAGCCCAGCUUCGUCUUUAGUGUGAAAAUUGGAGAUGUUAGCUGCACAGGGAUAGAACAGUGCAGAUCCAGCGAAGAGGAUGAGAAGCAGUUGCAAAGCUGUCAGUGUCGAGGUCAAGGUCCUAGUAAAAAGGCAGCUAAACACCAGGCGGCAGAGGCUGCCCUGAAUAUUCUGCAGAUAGAUGCUGGAGCAGUGAACGUUCCUGUGAAAUCUGAGAGUAAUGGUGUUGUAGCAGAAACAAACAACCAUCCCAACUCAGUGGGGAUGCUGCAGGAGUUAGCAUUACAGAGAGGAUGGCGUCUUCCUGAAUACACAGUUCUAAUGGAGGCUGGUCCACCACACAAGAGAGAAUUCACUGUUACUUGUCGAUUGGAGUCACUUUCAGAGAAGGGUGUAGGAAAUUCAAAAAAGGCAGCGAAAAUGGCAGCUGCAGAGAAAAUGGUGUUGAAGCUUCAAAGUCUGUCCGGCUGUUCGGAAAUCACAUGGACUCCAAAACCAAGCGUCCGGUUUGAGAACUUAAGGAACUCAUCAGCAGAGAGUAUAUGUUUACUGAGAAGAAACCCGCUGAGCAUUCCCAACACAGAUUAUAUUCAGAUGAUGUUGGAGCUGUCCAAGGAGCAGGGCUUUGAGGUCACAUACUUUGACAUUGAUGAGCUGACGGUGAACGGUCAGUACCAGUGCCUGGCAGAGUUGUCCACCUCCCCGGUCACCGUUUGCCACGGCACCGGCAUUUCCUGUAGCAACGCUCACAACGACGCAGCACACAGCGCCCUCCAGUACAUCAAGAUCAUGGCCUCCAUCAAGUAAAACCACCACAGUCCUCUGCUUCACCUGUUUUGUCACACAGUUCAGCUGAUGUCCAGUCAUGAUGAGGCUGUAGAUCGUUCUUCCCACUAGUCUUCCUGUCUGUGGAUGAUAUGGGGUCAAGGUAUAUAUUUAUAAUUAUGUGCAUCACAAAUAAUAAUAAUAAUACAUUUUAUUUAAAGACGCCUUUCAUGGCACUCAAGGACGAAAAAAAAAGAAUCAUGAUCCACAAGAACUCAACCUAAAGUGACUUGAAUCAGGCAAUUUAAGAGCGGUUUUUGUGAAGAGACACAUCAUGUUUUACUUAAGAUGUCCAACAUACUGAAUUGACACAAAUGUGUAAAUGAAGUACGUGUAGUGAAAAAUAUGAAGCACAUUAUUUUGGUUGCUUUUGUGGGAUUUGACUGCCUGUUUGUAGUCAGAUCUUUUUACAUUCCAUUGGUCUUUUAUUUAUUUAUUUUUUUUAUUCCACAGUUUUUUCCCCUGUAGCUGUAUUGAGCCAAUAGAAUUUCUUAAACUUUUAAUUUGCUUCAGAGAUACCUGCCUUUCUGUUUAACUCUAAAAUUAUAAGUGAAUUGAACAAGAGAUGAUUUGACUUGGGAAAUAUGUGAAAAGAUGGUCUGCAUUAUCUACAGAAUUAAAUUAUUUUCUUUUGUACUUCCACUCUUUCAUCUGUCAGUAUGCAUCUACAGUACAACCCCUGCUGUUUGUAUCUGGUUGACUCUCAAAGUGGAUAUAACAUGUUACUUCACAUUUCCAUCCUGCUGGUCUGUUGCCAUUGUUUUGCAGUGUUCCUCAUAGUACCUUACCUAAUAUUUAAUAUACAUUUACUGACUGCCUGUCCUCUGCAGCAACAUGUGUAUGAAUCCAGAAAAUAAACCCAAACACUAAAUGUUAA